CUUGAUUCUUCCUGUCCGCCUUCGUCUUGAUAAUGUACCUCUGUUGUGUCGCAGCUCAUCGAAUUAGGCCCCCUCUCCCCGAAUCCAAAUUCUAUAUUUUAAUCGAAUUAGAUGUUAAUUUGUGUCAUUGAGAUUUAUUCUGCUACUGUGAGACGCAUAUUUUUCUACAAGCUUCUCUGCAGCAACUACAACACUCUCGUCGUCUCCCAUAUAUACCAACUUCCCGUGCUCUUCUUUCCCCCUCCCCCUCGCUUCUGCUUCGUUUCUAACAUGUCCAUGAACCCCCUAGCGCGACAUCAUCCGCAAGCUUGGACUUGGGAGGAGUCUCCCAUGAUCAACCCACGCCAGUACUUCCAUUACACGUACCGAGUAGGGCAGGAAGGAGUCGAGCAUGAGAGGGAGCAUAUGUUUGAGAAGCCCCUGACUCCAAGCGACGUAGGCAAACUCAACAGAUUGGUCAUACCGAAACAGCACGCUGAGAAGUACUUCCCCCUCGACGGCGACUCGGGCGAGAAAGGCCAUCUUUUGAGUUUCGAGGACGAGUCUGGCAAGCCAUGGCGGUUCCGCUACUCGUACUGGACCAGUAGCCAGAGCUACGUGCUGACCAAGGGCUGGAGCGGCUUUGUCAAGGAAAAGAGGCUCGAUGCUGGCGACGUCGUCUUCUUCGAGCGUCUUCGGCACCGCGGCGACCGGUUCUACAUUAGUUGCAGGCGGCGCAGUGAAGAUGAGAGCCCACCGGCAGCUUGCACUUUGACCAUGGCCAACGCGGCAGCUCCGUGGAUCCCCAUGUGCUACACGGCGAGAGCUUCAUCGACCACGAGACUCGCUCUUCGCGCAGAUGACGAGGUUGAUGUAGUGAGAAGCAAGGCGAUGGGACGUCCGACUCACUCUAAGCGUUUGAGAUUGUUUGGCGUCAAUUUAGACUGCGUGCCGGAGCUAGAGACGCAGUUGGUUCUUGCCCCAGAAACAGGGCAACUUCAUGCCCACCAAAACCUCUAGAUAUCAACUGCAGGAGUAGAUGGAUGAGGGAGGAUGUUGUGGAGGAAGUGAAGUGGAAGAGAGAUGAGGAGAUCCGAGGCCAUGUUCCCAAACUCCACCAACCUACCCUCCCCUCUCCCAAGUGACGUUUUGGGUUGACUCGACCACCCUGUACGGGCCCUGUCGGUCGAUGUCCUCAUGGAUGGGAUACUACUUACCGGGUGAGAUCUCAGGAAACAUCAGAUCGAAAGGAAACAGCAGCAGUACCUCUAGAUAACCUUAGCCAAUGUUCUUAUAUUUGUAAUCCUCUCAAAAAGAAAGAAAAAGAAGGAAGAGAUCAUCUUGUGGUAA